GAAAUGCGGCUUCUGGACUGAAACAGAGCCACUCGUGUAUAUAGGUCACGUAAAUAUCCAGGCUAGUUUUCGCGUAUAAAAGCGGGGCUUUCUGGUGGUAAAAUCAUAGUUUGAUUGAUUACCCCAAAGCAACAAAACUAAGCACUCACCAUGAAGUACCUGAUCGUCUGUGUUACCUUCGCCCUGUUCGCCUACCUGAACGCCAGCCCGGUGUACGGCAACCAAGGAGGAUACGGCGGCAACUACGGUGGCAGCUAUGGUGGCGGCUAUGGUGGUAUUCAGCGCGUCGUCUACGAGGAGGUGCCCUCCUACGCCCCCCGUGGCUACAACAGCAACCCCCGCAGCCUGCGCUCCGAGGGCAACGGAGGCCGUGCCGCCGCUGCCGCCGCCGCCGCCGCCGCUGCCGUGAACCCCGGCAGCUACAGCCAGUACGCCGUGCCCUCCUACGAGCUCGACGGCGGACGCGGCAUCCAGUACGGCCGUGGCUACGGACACGGAGGAUACUAAGUCCCGCUCAAACUAUCGACUCCUUGUGCAGAUCCUCGAGUGGCUGUCCCAGCGAAACUCCGAGAACCGACCAAUAAAAACGACUUGAACGCAAUGGAAAAUAUCGAACCGAAA